AUGACAGACUAUGGCUCCACACCACCGCCCAAGUCGCCCUCUCCGGUGACAGUCCCACGCUCAUCGAGCCUCCCGCGCCUGGCCAGCUCCAAGCUCUUCCUCCCGCUGCAGAACGAUGCGUCGGCGAUAUCUACGCGCGGCCACCACCUGCCCUCGCUACUCAACAGCGCACGUCGGCCGUCUACUAUACGCAGCAGUGAGCGCCGGGGCAGCGACACAGACGAUGAAGACCUGGAAGCAUACAGGAACGGGCUCGUGAUGCCUUACGACCGCGACUCUGAUCGCAGGAGCAGCAUAGGCGCGCAUGUGCUCAACACGCCGCAGAUGAGGAGCCAGCGGCUGAUUGGCAACUCCAAUCCCCGGUACAAGUGGGAGAAGUACUACAAGUCCGAGGAAGAGCUCAAGGGCAUGAAGAAGCCGAUCCGAGAAUACUACGAGCGCAACAACCAGCUCCUGCAGCACUACCUAUACAUCGACCGUCUACUCGAUUCCUCCCUCCCGCACAACCUCAUCCAAGAGUACACGAACAUGGAAUCCGGCGCCGUCAAGAUUCCCUCAACCAUCAGGGAAGAGUCUUCGGCCUCGACUUCUCCCCUCGCUGUUACCCCCGCUGGGACAAAUGGCACCAACACACCCGGAUACUAUAGUGAGAACGGGCGAAGUGGUUCAUCGGGCAGUCUCAACGGCAAUGGCGCUCAAAAACCCAUGGUCAAGCGCACACCGAAGAACCUCUACAAAGUCCCUGAGGCAGACGAAAACACGCCUCUUCUCGCACACGACGAGGCCGUAGAAGACGAAGAAGACCUAGAGGUCGCAAACUCCAAGCUGAAGGACUGGGUCCCAGAAGAAGACGAAGACACCGAGAGCCCCAUUGUCAAGCUCGCACUAUACGUCAACCUCAGCGCAAACACAGCCCUCCUCAUCAUGAAGAUUGUCGUCACAGUCCUCACCUCGUCCCUCUCCGUAGUCGCCAGUUUGGUCGACGCAGCCCUCGACUUCCUCUCCACGGCCAUCGUGUGGUUCACAUCCUGGAUGAUCGCGCGUCAAGACCGCUACGCCUACCCAGUCGGCCGCCGCCGUCUCGAACCCAUCGGCGUACUCAUCUUCUCCGUCAUCAUGAUGACAUCCUUCUUCCAAGUCGGCAUCGAGGGCAUUUCCCGGCUCACUGGACCCGACCGCACAAUCGUGCAAUUGACCAUUCCCGCUGUGGCCAUCAUGGCCGCUACAGUCGUCAUCAAAGGCCUCUGCUGGCUAUGGUGCCGUCUCAUCCGCAACUCGUCCGUCCAGGCACUGGCCCAAGACGCCAUGACUGAUGUCGUGUUCAACACCUUCUCUAUCCUCUUUCCGCUCGUGGGUUACUUCGCGAAGAUCUGGUGGCUCGACUCGCUGGGCGGUAUCUUGCUCUCCGCUUAUGUUAUCAUCAACUGGAGUGCUACCUCCGCUGAGCACAUUCGCAACCUGACUGGUGCGAGUGCCACGGCAGAUGAGCGCAAUAUCCUUCUCUACAUGACGAUGCGCUUUGCAAAGUCUAUUAAGAGGAUUCAGGGUCUGCAAGCUUACCACGCGGGUGAUAAGCUGAAUGUCGAGGUCGAUAUUGUGGUUGAUGAGAAUCUCAGUUUGAGGGAUAGCCAUGACUUGGGUGAGAGUCUGCAGUAUGUGCUUGAAAGUGUGCCAUACGUUGAUCGCGCGUUUGUACAUAUCGAUUAUACGGAUUACAACUUCCCGACACACAUGUCGCAGCAGGAGUGA